GCGAUGGCAUCAACGUAGAGGCCAUAUAACACGUCACAGUCACCACCAUCAUGCGUGUGAAUGUUUUUUAGCUAGCAUCUGCCACAACACGCUUGCGGCCGCAUUUGUAGUUUGUAGCGCCACUGUCAACAAGUGAGAUAGACGAUGGCGCACCUGGGUCUAAACUCAACGUCUUUGAAUCUGGGAGACUCUCAACCAUCGUUGACCAACUUCACACCGCCUUUAAUCGAGACUAACCCCGUCUCUGGAGCAUUGUACGUCGGCUAUGUGGCAAUUCUGGUGGUCGUGGGAGUCGUAAGCAACAGCGUUAUCAUUGGCGUCCUUGCUUAUGAUAUCAGGAAGAAGUGCAACAAAAUCGGCAGCGAGUUUCUGAUGAAUUUGGCGAUUUCGGACCUCUGCGUUUCUGGACUGAUGAAUCCGUUCAUGAUCGUAGCUGCCACGCAUGGAGAGGAGUUCUUCACGGUCCACAGAUGGUUGUGUACAACUGUUGCCGCAGCGUGCUUGCCUUUGUGCUUUGCGUCCUUUUUCACCAUAGCCUGCAUCGCCGUGAACAGAUAUAUCUAUACGUGUAAGAAUCAUUUUUACAGAACCGUGUAUACAAGUUGGUCUACAAAAGCAAUCAUGUUAGGAAUAUGGCUAAUGGCGGCCAUUUGCGGGAUGCCUAAUUUCUUUUGGGGCGGAUACACUUUCGACAAGAAAAAAUGCGUUUGCACCUGGGACCGAACUGCAAAUUUAGCUUACAACAUCUUGGUAGUAAACGCUCUUCUUGGCCUCACCUUGGUCGUCAUAGGCGUAUGUUAUUACAAAAUAUUUUCAAAGAUAAGGACAGCCAAGCGAAAUGUCGCACAACAUGCUCGCACGCACGCGAGCACGGAUAUUCACGGGACCAGUAACUUUUUAAAAAGCAUUAAGUUAGUGCGGUCACUGAUCGUCGUCUACUUAGUGUUUGCCGUUUGUUGGAUUCCUUAUGGCGUCGUCGUCACGCUGGAUUUUGAAGACCAGAUGCCAUUUCACCUGCACAUGACAGUCAACGUCCUGGCACACACUCACGCCAGCGUGAACUGCGCCAUCUUCUUCAUAACGAACAGACCGUUCAGAAAUCGGUGUCAAGUUUUGUUCCAGAAACUGGGGGCGCAGUUUAAGAAGGUUGACGAUGAAGAUGAACACCAACAGCCACUCCAGUUAGAAAGUUUAUUCAGUGCAUAA